CCCGUUGUCUGUCACACUGUCGUCAUCGAUUUGGAGUUAUUGAUGCCUGCCACAUCGAGUUCCCUGAAGCAUGGCAGCACACAAAUCAUGCACAACUUAUUCGUCCAGUCUGGGACUGCUACACUUUGACUUUUCCUCGAUUUUUGCUCGUUUGGUUUUUCGUUUUCCGAGUUCAAAGUCAAAAAGAAAAAUCUGGAUCUUCUCAGUAGUAUAGCAGUACUACCUGAAACGACCAGAGAAAUAAAUAAACGCACGUUUACACAGACAAGUGGCGAAGAAAAAAUUCAUUCUACUUUCUUCUUCUCUGUGAAAAGAAAGUUGUAUUUUUCGUAGAUACAACAUCGACAACGGCAUGAUCGGUGGUGGCUUUUCGACGUUGAUCGACUCCGUCCGGGAGUCGUUGGACGAUGUGCUCGCGCAACUCCUCGGCGGUCAGCAUUUCUACAGCGAUCUGCACCUGAAACAGAAACAUGCGAAAGGACCACUACAGCAGUUGCGAGCAGCAACAGCAGACAUUCCCGGUAGAAGAAGUACCGCAGCGUCCUCAUUUUAUUCAUCACCGAGCUCAACAACGACCUCAUCGCGAUCCGCCGUCACAGCGGACACUACCACCAGUAGCACGACCCUGGAGACAGCGAGAAGCUCCAGCAUGGGCAAGAAGAUCGCCGAAAGGUUGAUCCCGCUGAAAAUCUCCGGCUUCUGUGGGUUCGGCGAUAGUUGCACUGCGGACGUUUGCGACGAGCGAAUGCGGUUGGCGAAGAAAGCCGCCGAAUCCGAGUUCGACGACACCGGGGCGAGCGACGUAUCACAUGUUUGAUUCAUCUUUACGUCGUGCAUCAAUAGUGUGAUGAGGAUGUAGUUGUGAUGUCGAUGUCGUGUUCGUGGUUUUUGUGCGCAGCAAGAACUACGGUUAUGUAGAAAUCGAAUGCACCAACAUGCAGCUUUCCGCCUCGGCAGAGAAGCGCGCUAUUCACGAAGCUUGGGUCCACGCCCGGAAGGCGCAGGACGCGGCGAAAGAAGCUGCAGACGCCGCAAUGCAAUCGGUGGAAGAAGCCGCUCGGGUACAGAAAUUCCUGGAUCCAUAUCCACUGCAGAUGCAUCGUAGUCGUCCUGGUAGAUUGCAGAGGCGUAUGCAUGAUGAAUCUCAUUUUUAAGCCUUAUCUUGCAUGACAGAUUUGAUCAUUGCUUUUUCGAAGUUGAGAAGAUUUUCUCUUCCACUGCAAUUUCUACCAGACUGAUGCAGAUGCUUUCGCAGUGCAUAGUGCGCAUGACGUACUGAAAGUAGAGGAUCAGACGGAAAUGGACGUGAAAAAGGAGUCACUAGCCGCGGGAACGGUGGCAGAGUGA